AUGACUCAGAAUCAGACUACUCAGAAGGUAGUGGAUCUACGAAGGAUAGCGAACGAUAAGACAAGGAUCACAACUUACAAGAAGAGGAAAGCUUGUCUUUACAAGAAGGCAGGGGAGUUCUCAACUCUCUGCGGCGUCGACACAUGUCUCAUCGUCUACGGUCCCACCAGAGCGAGCGAUGAGAUGAUUUCCAAGCCUGAGAUAUGGCCGAGUGACGAGACCAAAGCCAGAGACACCAUGCGCAGGUACAGAGACACAGUGGCAUCCAACAGCUGCAAGAAAGAAACCCAUGUCGAGACUUUCGUUAACGAUCUAGGUAAGGCGAAACAAAUGGAGGAUAAAAUUAUGAGAGUGAAGAGUAAUUAUAAUAAUAAGUAUUCUUGCUGGGAGGAGAACCUAGACCAGUGUUCACAAGAGCAGCUACGUGAGCUUUACGAUGCCUUGGGAAACAAGUUACAUGAAGCUAUAAUGAGAAGGGAUCGUAGUAUGUUUAGGGGACAUCAUCAAGCCAUGGAGACGCCGAUCCCGCAGAUUUUGAUGGACCCACAUUACAUGUCACAGUAUUUUGCUGACCAGCAGCAGCAGCAGCAGCUACAGCUUCAAGGGAUGUUCCCUAAUUAUAAUAAUAUGGGUUUCUCGUUUUUCUCAUCUCCUGAUCAUCAGAUUCAAAUGGAGCCGAAUCUUGGGGAGCAAUUUACCGACUUAGAGAUGAACCAAGGCUUGAUGAUGUCAACGGGAAACGAUGGUACACAAAUGAUGCAGAGGCAAGCACCUUACUAUAAUCUUGAACCGGUUGUGCCGAGUUCUGCAUCCUUUAACGUUAAGCCGUUUGCGGGUUAUCAUUAUCAAGGCCCGUUUAAUGUUCCCUGGAGGCCGCCGAAUAAUCAAGUUGGUGAAUGGGAUUUUUUAGGGAAGAAACCGAUUUGA